UCAAACGUUGGAAGGAAAUAUUUACCAAACAGACAUGGAUGAUGCAGUGCAACCGCCGGAGAAGAACUGCACCUUUUUAUUUAAAAAACGUAAAAUUCGUAACAACGCUACGAGAAGACGAAAAGAGGCGAAUGGCGGUGACGACAGUAGCGAGGAUGAGACCACGGUGGUUAAAAAAGAGAAGAAGCAAGAUGAUCAUAAUCCUAUGAUACAGAGUACAAAUGUAAAGAAACAGCAAGAAAGGACCAAUUACGAUGAUGAUGGUGAUGAUGAUGAUAUAACUGUCUCGUAUAAAAGUAAUAAAACCGCUUUGCUAGCUGGCCCAAGUGACCAAGGAGCAACAGCUAUUUUGCAGACAGAAACAGAGAAAGACAGAGAUGCGCAGGCGUUAUUUGAAAAAGCCCAAAAAAUAAAUGAGGAAUUAGAAGGAAAAGAGGAUGAUAAAAUUUAUAGGGGCUUGAACAAUUACGCACAAUAUUAUAAAAAGAAAGAUACUGCAGCUGGAAAUGCAUCCAGUGGAAUGGUACGUAAAGGACCAAUUAGAGCACCAUCUAAUCUUAGAGCAACAGUGAGAUGGGAUUAUCAACCUGAUAUAUGCAAAGAUUACAAAGAAACUGGUUUCUGUGGUUUUGGAGAUAGUUGUAAGUUUCUUCACGAUCGGUCAGAUUAUAAAUUAGGAUGGCAGUUGGAAAGAGUGGCUGCUACUGGAGAAAAUGAUAAUAGUGGGGAUGAAGACGAUAAAAAGUAUGAGAUUGACAGUGAUGAGGACAAGUUGCCAUUUAAAUGCUUUAUUUGCAGAAACAGUUUUACAGAUCCAGUUGUUGCAAAGUGCAAACAUUACUUUUGUGAGAAAUGUGCUUUAGAACAGUAUAAAAAAAGUACACGAUGUUAUGUCUGUAAUAUUCAAACUAAUGGCACUUUCAAUCCUGCAAAAGAAAUCAUUGCACGCACUAAAAUGGAGGAAAAAGAAAAAAUAACUGCAGCAAGCGAAGAUUCUGAUGAAGAUUAAUUAAAGUAAAGUAAUCUUUAUUUCCAAAUAUACAAUUCUAUAACAAUUAAUGUACGAUAUGAAUGGAAUAACAAUUUGUAGGAAUUGUAAGUGUUAACAUAGAUUAUUUUAUGUUGUCAACAACAUAUAUUAAAGUUUAUUAUUUUUGGAA